ACACCGAAUUUAAUCCACCCCCAAAAGCGUUACCAAAGGUUUCGUAACACCGUCUGCGUUCAGUAGCGAACGGCGCACAACAAGUCGCCGCCGUGCGUUAAACAAGCGCAGUGCUUUUCAGAAUCCAGGAUGCAAGGAAGUGAUCGGUUUUCUAUCGAUUCUCUCAUUGAUAACAGGAAUAGAGGGAGCCUUAGUAGUGACGGAGAGGAUGCACAAGAUAUUUCUGGUCCAGAGGACGAAUCUGCUCCAGAGACAAGAAACGCAGUGACAUCUUUCACAGUGAAAGAUAUUUUGGAUCCGCACAAGUUUAAUGCUCCAAGGAGAAGGCCAAGUGAGAGUGAUUCAGACAGUGAAAGCUCAAAUAGAGGAGAAUCAAGAAAUAGUUUGUCAUGGCAUCCAUGGAUGGCGGCGACUAGAUUUAAGCGUUCACAAAACUCAAGCGAAUCUGACACAUGUACGGAAAAGGACAAGAACGAACACGAAUCAUCUAAUCAUCAGGAGAACGAAGAAUGCAAGUCGACAUCAGGGUCCAAGUCAAAGAGAAAGCGAGGCGGCUCCGAAAGAUCAAAGGAAGGAAAACCACGACGAGCACGAACUGCCUUCACGUACGAGCAACUCGUCGCUCUAGAAAACAAGUUUAAGAGUACCAGAUACCUGUCUGUUUGUGAAAGACUGAACUUGGCUCUCUCCCUAAGCCUAACGGAGACACAAGUGAAAAUUUGGUUUCAAAACCGACGCACGAAAUGGAAGAAACAAAAUCCAGGAGUUGAUGUUACUGCUCCACCACGACCUACAACUUUGCCUCACGCGCCAUCCCUGGCCGGCUACGGAACCGGAAUUCUGUGUACAUCACAGUGCCCAACGCAAAUACACCACUAUCCACACUAUCAACCGAGCACCGCUCAUGCUCUUCCGUGCAUUAUCAGACCGCAUCCGACAUAUGGACAUAUGUAGAAGAGGAAAAGCUGACUGUAUCAGAAGAACUACUGUACUGCAACAAAAAUGCGACUCACUCCUACCACUGAGACAUAUAUAUAAAACAAAAUAACACUACAAGAUAUCUACACGAAAGGAAAUCAGAUUUAUCUAUGAUUGAAUUCUGACUUGAUCAUACAAGUACGCCUGCGGCACUCUUCCACGAAGAGUCAAAGAAAUUAACUUGGACUGUGUGAAAUUAUAAACUGCAGAGCCAUUGCGCCGAGUACCGAACUAAGUUCUUAUCCAUUUUCACUUUACAAAACUUUCUAUAAAAUGAAAUAAGUGGGUUUUUAAGCCCAAUCAUAGUAUUCAUACAUAAAUUCCAAGGAAAUUCGAAAGUGGUGUUUUAUUUCGUAGCAGUCGCAUGCGUUCAAGUUUCCAUGCCUGAGCCGUCUUCGGUUAAAUCAGUGCCGAUUGUUCGAGGCGGAAACUAAGAACUGAGGGAUCUGUUAAAAUAUUAUCAUUAGUCAAAUUUCUGAACUGUAAAUACUGUACAAAAGCGUAUGUAAAAUAAUCGACUUCUUGCAGUAUCAUUUGCCAAACGAAAUUAAAAUGAAUGUUUCCAAGCAAGUUGAGAAAUCACGUUUCAAACCGAAAGAAUGUUUAACUUAAGAUAUGCCUUUUUCUUUUGAAGGAAAAGCAAAGUAAAUAACUUUUUUGACCAGUUCUGUCUAAAGUUGAGAACAUGCCUUGAAUAAAACUGGA